AUGAAUAAGAUUAUGCUAUCCUUCAAAAACUCUUAAAAAUAGAACCAAUUCUUAGUUGAUCAACUUCCCAUGUUAACCUUUUUUUAUGAACGAGUGUGCAUAUUUGGCUCAAUUAGCGCAAUAAUUAUUUUUUCCUUGGAGUUCAUUUACCCUAUUGGGUUUGGAAAAAGUAAAUACUUUAUCAUUUGUUUACCUCUGGUCUUUUUGAUAACGUUUAAACUAAUAAAAAAGCACCCAAAGUUAUUUAAUUACAUCAUACCUUUUAACAACCUUUUGGUUGGCAUAAUAUAUAAUGUUACGGUUCUAUUUGAGUUAAUUCCAGACUUAAAUUUGAUGAUAGGAUAAACAGUUGUUUUGGUGUAGUUCAGUUUACUCUUGGGGUCAAACUUUGCACUUAAUAUGGCAAUUAUAAUAUUUAACUUUACUACUUUGGUGUUAGUGUAAACUAUAGUUUAGGACUCCUUCAAUGGAAAUUAAGUUAUGUUGAUAUUAGGUACUAAAAAUAAAUAAAAAAUUUAGCUCUUAUUUUAUCCUGCUUGUCAUACUAUUCAAAUGAGUAUCAAAAAAGAGAGUUCUUCUUACUAAAACAAAGAAACGAAGUGCAAUAUGGCAGUCUAAUUGAGCAGUUCGGCAUAUAGGUGUUCAAAGUCAAAUAUGACAGAAAAACCAACUUCCUGAGAUUAGAAUCUCAAAAUUAAACCACAAUCGGAGACAACUUCUCCUCUUAAGAGGAUUUCAGGAAGUUCAUCAGAUAAAUUCUGAUUCCCAAAUAGCAGAGAUCAGCAAUGAUAUAAUCAAAAAUUUCAUCAUCAAAACUAAGGAGUGACCGCUUACUUGUGAACUCCCAAGCUAAAUUGACUCGAAUUACAUUUCCAAAUUUAGAUAGCUAUGAAACCCUUGAGUAAGUGCUUCAUAAAUCAUUAACUGCAUAAAAAAGCGACAAUUUUUAAUUCUUACAGGGUUACGACUUCAAUUAGAAAUGUGAUUAUAAAAUAAAAAUCUUGCAUACUAUUGAAAAAGGAGAAGCCAAAGCAAUCGUAUUACUUCAAUAGAAUGAAAUCAAAAAAGAAUUUAUUAAGGUUAAAUAAUAGAGAGAUUGCCUGAGGAAGACCAUAACUUAAUUCCAAAAAUUAUUUGAAAUUCGAAUUAAAUAAAUGAGUUCACUUAUAACUCCUAGAGGGCUACAGUAAAAAACUGUUUUGUUAUCUGAAGUAAACUUUCGAUUACUUCAAUUCAUUUCGGAAUAUUUUUCGAUAUGUAUUAGUAAGAACGAUAUUCCGAAGUUAAAAAUUUCUACUAUCAACAUUCUAAGCCUAAUACAAUAAAUAGAGAGUCCUCUAAGAGAUUAUUUAAAUUAUCAAUAGAUUAAACUUACUUAUCAAACUGAACACAAUUUAAUCAUUACUAAUAAUACUUAUUUGAUCACUCAUUUAAUUCUAAGUCUAUUGUGCUUCCUUAUUGAAAAGUCUCCAUUAUCAAUUACUUUAAUUAUAAAUUAGAAGUAUGAAACAGGGUUUAAAUUGGAGAAUGUGGAUGAAGUUGUGAUUAAGAUAAAUGCUCAGUACGGAGGAACUAUCAAGAAGGUAUUUGAAAUAGAGUGUUUCAAUAGAAUGAUGACAAAGGUAAUCAAGAUUAUUGGUCCCAGUGGUAAAUUCCUAUAUAAAUAAAGUGAUAGUCAGUUUGGUUAGGAAAUCACCUUUGAGGGUGUAAUCUUUAAGAAUUUAAGCUCAUUUAAAGCAAGCCUUUCAAAGCUUUGA